AGGCGGCACCGUAGGUGGCUCUGGAGCUGGGGUCCUGGAAGGCUCCGGAGGUGGAGCCGACGGAGGCUUUAGGGGCGAAGGCCUGGAAGGCUCUGGAGGUGGAGCCGAGGGAGGCUUUAGGGGCGAAGGCCUGGAAGGCUCUGGAGGUGGAGCCGAAGGAGGCUUUAGGGGCGAAGGCCUGGAAGGCUCUGGAAGUGGAGCUGAAGGAGGCUUUAGGGGCGAAGGCCUGGAAGGCUCUGGAGGUGGAGCCAAGUGGGGCUUUAGGGGCGAAGGCCUGGAAGGCUCAGGAAGUGGAGCCCAUGGAGGUGGCGCCGUAGGAGGCUCCAGAGGUGAAGCCCUGGAAGGCUCUGGAGGCAGAGCCGGGGGAGGUGACGCCGUGGGAGGUGGCGCCAUAGAAGGCUCCAGGAGUGAAGCCCUGGUAGGCUCUGGAGGCAGAGCCGGGGGAGGUGGCGCCGUAGGAGGCUUGGGAGGCGGAGCCGCAGGAGGCUCGGGAGGCGAAUCUCUAGAAGGCUCUGGAGUCUUAGGGAGCAGAGCCGUAGCAGGCUCGGGAGGCAGAGCCGCGGAAGGCUCGAGAGGCGGAGCCCUAGGAAGCUCUGGAGUCUUUGGGAGCAGAGCCAUGAGAGGCUCGGGAGGUGGAGCCGUAGGAGGCUCUGGAGAAGGGGCCGUAGGAGGCUCGGGAGGCAGAGCCAUAGGAGCCUCUAGUGGCCGAGCCCUGGAAGGCUCGAGAGGCUUGAGGGGGGGAGCCAUGAAAGACUCGAGAGACGGAGCCCUGAGAGGCUUGAGAGGAGGAGGAGCCCUGAAAGCCUCGAGAGGGGGAGCCCUGAGAGGCUUGAGAGGGGGAGGAGCCCUGAGAGACUCGAGAGGCGAAGCCGUGAGAGGCUUGAGGGGAGGAGCCAUGAACGACUCGAGGGGCGGAGCCCUGAGAGACUCGAGAGGCGAAGCCGUGAGAGGCUUGAGGGGUGGAGCCAUGAAAGACUCGAGAGGGGAAGCCCUGAGAGGCGGAGGAGCCCUGAGAGACUCGAGAGGCGAAGCCGUGAGAGGCUUGAGGGGUGGAGCCAUGAAAGACUCGAGAGGCGAAGCCGUGAGAGGCUUGAGGGGUGGAGCCAUGAAAGACUCGAGGGAUGGAGCCCUGAAAGACUCGAGAGGCGAAGCCGUGAGAGGCUUGAGGGGUGGAGCCAUGAAAGACCCGAGGGAUGGAGCCCUGAAAGACUCGAGAGGCGAAGCCGUGAGAGGCUUGAGGGGUGGAGCCGUGAAAGACUCGAGAGGCGAAGCCGUGAGAGGCUUGAGGGGCGGAGCCAUGAAAGACUCGAGGGAUGGAGCCCUGAAAGACUCGAGAGGCGAAGAUGUGAGAGGCUUGAGGGGUGGAGCCGUGAAAGACUCGAGGGAUGGAGCCCUGAAAGACUCGAGAGGCGAAGCCGUGAGAGGCUUGAGGGGCGGAGCCGUGAAAGACUCGAGGGAUGGAGCCCUGAGAGACUCGAGAGGUGAAGCCGUGAGAGGCUUGGAAGGAGGGGGAGCCCUGAGGGACUUGAGGGGUAGAGCUCUGGGAGGCUCGUGAGGAGGAGCCCUAGGAGGCUCGUGAGGAGGGGCACUCGGAGGCUCGAGAGAUGGAGCCCUGGGAGGCUCGAGAGGAGGAGCCCUGGGAGGCUCGAGAGGCGGAGCCCGGGAGGGCUCUGAGGGGCGAGCAGAGGCCGGCAGAGCCGUGGAAGACUCUGAGGGCAGAGCAGAACCCGGCAGAGCCGUGGAAGACUCUGAGGGCGGAGCAGAGGUCUGCAGAGCCGUGGAAGACUCUGAGGGCAGAGCAGAGGUCUGCAGAGCCGUGGAAGACUCUGAGGGCAGAGCAGAGGUCUGCAGAGCCGUGGAAGACUCUGAGGGCGGAGCAGAGGUCUGCAGAGCCGUGGAAGACUCUGAGGGCGGAGCAGAGGUCUGCAGAGCCGUGGAAGACUCUGAGGGCGGAGCAGAGGUCUGCAGAGCCGUGGAAGACUCUGAGGGCGGAGCAGAGGCCUGCAGAGCCGUGGAAGACUCUGAGGGACUCUCUGCGGUCUUGAGCACAAGACGAGACUGAGGAGAAGGGGCCCUCCUCCUUCUCUUACGUCUUCGGCCAACAGGGGACGUGGCCAAGGGGACGAUCGAGGCUACAGGCGCUGGCUCGCUGACCGUGGCAGACAUGGGUGCUGGCUCGCCGGCCGUGGCGGGCAUGGGCGCUGGCUCGUUGGCCGUGGUGGGCAUGGGCGCUGGCUCGUUGGCCGUGGCGGGCAUGGGCGCUGGCUCUCUGGCCGUGCCGGGCAUGGGCGUUGACUUGCUGGCCGUGCCAGGCUUCGAGAC